UAUCAACAUAUAUCUGAGUAUUCUUGAACAGUCAUCGCAGCGUUACGGCAUGCUGCAUAUUGAUUGAUGUAAAGUUCAGAAAAGAUAUCUUUUUACAGUAACUGAUAUCCAUUCGCCUUAUUAUUUUUUAGUGAAUAGAUUACGUUCGAUAAUUUUUUAACGAUAUGACACAUAUUUAGUGACACCUUCUUUUUAGAUAAACUACCGAAUCUAUAAACAUCUUGUUGCAUCCUUAGCCAAUGAUAUUUUAGUCAUGGAAUCUUCUGUUUUGUAUAAUUUUGUAUUUCUUGAUCGCUACCAAACAGAUAAUUAAAUUCCGGUCUCAUUGUGGUGGUUUAAAGUGCGUUUUUUUAUUUUACUGGCAACCGAAAAACAAAAGUGUUCUGUUUGUGUAUUUUAGUUCCGGGAUUGCAAUUACGUUAUAACUACUAAGAAGCGAAAUCAAGAGGAAUUAUUUAUACUAAGGAUUAGUUUUGCUAUCAAAUAUGCAUGAACGUCAACAUUCGAGGACGUUUUGAAAAGACUAGGAUUAGAUUACUUCCAGACUGUUGUAGUUUUCCAACAAUGUGAUAAGCGGAGUUGAAAUGCAUAAUGUCCGCAUGUGGCAUCACAGAAAUGCAGCAGACUUCGAGUGGAGGUUUUUAUGGUGAUUUAGAAGAAUAUUUGAGUGAAGUAGAAAAACGGUCCCAGCGGACUUCCAAUGAUGGCGAGGAUGUUUACACACAACUAGCACAGCGCGAGAAAGACCUCGUGCUUGCUGCCGAAUUGGGAAAAGCCCUUCUCGAGAAAAAUGAAGAAAUCAGCCGAGCUAACGAAAGGCUGGCAGAGGAAUACUCACAUAAACUCGAGUUGCUGGAACAAGAGAAGCACGCCUUGCGCAGGAAGUUGGACGUGCUGGAAAGUGAAUAUGACAGCAGAGUGGCAGAACUACAAAGCGACCUCAAUCAACUUCGGAAAGAGUUGGCUCAUCAGCAAUGCAGCCAUCGGUCUCAAGAGAAAGAGAAGGGACAAUUGCUGGAAGAGCUGACAGAACAAAACCACAGGCUCACAGCGGAACUCAAACAGGCGGCGCGGACGGAAGACCAACUCCAAAGUCAACUUCAAGCUCUACGGGAACAAUUCAACGUGCGGAGAUCCAACCUUCAUGAUCAUGUGUCACAACUGGAAGGCCUUCGUGAAGAGAUUAACUUAUUAUCCGAACGCAAAUACGAACUGGAGAGGCGGAUAUCUGCUCUGAGUGACGAAAGAGAAGGUUUGAAUAUGUCUUUAGAAGAAUCCAGUGAUAGAAUUCUGUUAUUGGAAAGGCAGAACAGGGAACAAGAACAACAGCUGAGAAUGCAACAGAGGGACAUCGACGAGCUUCGACAGACGAACAGUCAGCUGCAAAACAAGCUAGAAAUUAUGCUUCGGCGUUCUAGUACUCCAACUUACGGUGAUAAACCAUCUCUUUUCAACGAAAUCGAAAUGUCCUCUCAGUCAUCGGUCGAAGACGAACUCCGAUCUCCAAGUCAGUGUGGACGUCCUAAGUUUCUUUCACAUCCCGGUUCAUCCAUCGGAUUCCAAGGAGAUUUUCCUGAAGAUGAGAUCGAAUGCGAUGAUUCAGACCUACCUCUUGCAAUGGACACAGAAGAAACGUGGAAGCUUCGUGAAGAGCUCGUUCCUAUCUAUCGGCAACUAAGGAGGCUUUGCGAAGAUCUUCGACGAAGAAGGGAUAAUUAUUCCUCAGCAGACAGUGGAAUAUCUCACUCUCCGGAAGAGUUACAAGCCAGUGAAAUUCGACUCGGAAUGCUAACAGCAAUUACUAAGGAACUUGGAAACCUGAUUGAAGAAGUUCUACUCUCGCAGGACGAAGCCAUGUGUCUUUCUUGCCAAAGUAUAGCAGAAGAUCGAGAAAUGUUGGAGAAAGUACAAAAGGAACUCGUCGAGAAAAAUGAAGAAAUAAAGAGAAAGACAGAAGAAAUAUCUCAGCUCACUGCCAAAUUAACUCUUCAAGAGACUGAGUUGACUGCUCUUAGAGAAAGUCGAGAUCAACUCAAAAGUGACGUCGAAAACAGCUCCCUAGCCAAAGAUCAAGUUGUCAAAAAGGCAUGGGAAGUCAGAGACCAAGCUGUGGCAAGGAAAAAUGCCGUCGAAAUAGAAUUGGCUAAGACCAGAAUCGAUGUCAUGCAUAUUAAUAGCCAACUCAUGGAAGCUGUACAACAAAAAGUAGAACUGUCUCAACAGCUAGAGCAAUGGAAGUUGGAUAUGGAGACACUGCUAGACGAACAAGUAAUGAAAAAAUUGAAAACUCAAGAACAAGAAGAUAAGAAACAAAAAUCUCAGUCUGAAAACAUUGAACCUCCUCCAACGAAGAGGCAAGCAUCUAAGGGAAAAUUAUUCAGGUUAUGGCGAUAAAAAUAAUUUUAUCAAGUUACUGACCUUCGAAGAAAUUCGACAGCUAAUAUGCACUAAAUUUUCUGGUGUUUAUAUUUAAGAAGUGCGCACUAUGAAGAAAACACUAGUUCAAAACUCCCCCAAGGCAUUGUUUAAGAGACUUUCAGUGGUUUGAAAGACAAUCUACAAAUUUAGAUGUUUUAAGAAUCUAAUUCAUUGGAUAAUGAAAGUUAUUCCUUGGUUGUAUAUUCAUACUCCUUCAUCCAUUUUUAUACUUCAAUCAUUCAUCUUCAGUUUUAGUGAUUCAGUUGUUGGCCACAACAGUUCCGAAACUACGUAUUCUGAAAAGACUAAGUCAUCGGUCAUGAAAGUGAGUACUCUGUACAUGUACAAGUUAAAUCACCUGACAUCUGGGUGAUACUGGCGUAAUGUGCAAGUUAAAACAAACAAAUGUAAGGUAACCUAUUGUAUUUCAUACAUCACAUUGAAUGAGGAGGAGCCAAAAAGUAGCCCCAAUAUGUUUUGUUCGGAAAAUGUGCAUAGACAGAAAUGAAAAUUCUUAAACAUUUUUAAAUAACUUUAAUCACGUUCUUGUCGGUUGUGUUAGGAAUUUAUUAACGUUUAGAUACCACAAGAAAAUGUCUCCUCUGAUUGGUUGCUAAACAUACUUCUUAUUGAAGAAUGCUGUUAAAGGAUUUCAAUCAGAAACCUAAUAAAGAGGUUCAACGGCGUUCCUAAAUCUGCUUCUUCAUACACCAAUAAAUGCCUAGUAGAUUUUCCAUCUUAAGUACAUUAACAUGUCAUAACUGCCCAUCCUUCUUUUUGCCAGGUUUCCAAGUAUACGCUAUGUCAUUUUAAUUUCCAUUAGAUUGGUGAAUCUGUACGCGCUGUUAACUCUAGGAUAACCGAAGAGUUGCACAAUUUUUAAUAUAUCGUAUUAAUUUUUUAUUGACAUACUAAGGUUAUUUUCUGACUCCUCCCCUUUAUUACCAUUGUGAAGAAUGAUUUUAAAUUCGAGUUAGAGCCUGUGCUAUACCAUUUUAAGUUGCCAUAUCUACAGUAACCUGCAGCAAAGUGUUGUACUUAAAACUUAAAUAUUUUAAUUUGAAUCUUAUUAAGCAUUAAAAAUACUGUACAAAAUAAUCUAAAACAUUAUUCAUUUUUAUUGCUUUUAUUGUUAGUCAUACCAUGAGUAUAGAUCCUGUUCGAAUAGAAAAAAGUGAAUAAAUUAAUGCACUCUACAAUUUAGUAUAAGUAAGAUUAUGUAGAAUAAAAAAGAUUUAAUUUAUUCUCAACAGGUUUAAUUUUAACCUUAGCAUAUCGAGUGCACAUAUAGAAGAAGUUUUGUAUAAACUGUAGUUUAAAUGGUUGGAAAUCAGUAUUGUAGAAUUAAGAUUUAUUUUAAAUUCAGAUGAGAACUUUUAGGUAAAUUAAGGAAAUUUUAAGGUGACAAAUACUUUUCCUAUCAUAAACGUUAGACAUUGACGAAAUAUUGGUAAUUAUUCUGAAGUACUAAUUUUUAUAUAUUCAUUUUCGUUAUUAAUUUUAUUAAUUAAAUUUGAAUUUUAAAGUAAUAUCUAUUUCAGAAGGAAUCAUAUAUAUGAGUCUUGAAACAUCAAAAUUCAAAUGGAUAUUUUUUAAUUUAAGUUUUUAUUCGAUAUACUAUUGUAAAUUACUGUGCUAGUAAAUGUCCUAAGCUAACGUUUUUGUGUGGAAACAAAGUUAAUGAACAGAAACUGAGUAGAUAGUUUCAUUAAUGGACGGUUCUAUGAAAAGAAAACCGGUGAAAUUUUAGAAAAGAUGUGUUACCACUAUUAUUCUGUGACAUCAAACAAUAUGCAACUUCAUAAUAAAACUCGUUUAAUGAUUUUAGUGCUAUAAAAAAGCAAUUUUCCCGUGUUGUGAUUUAAGUAGAAUGUGUAUGCGUGAAUGUAUUGGCAGAUCUGAUUACUCACGCCACUAUAGCAUUCUUUUCAAAUACUUUAGAGGCAUUCUUAAAGCAUACCGUCCAUGCAAUGUUGUGAAAUUCAACUAAUCUGUAUAUGUGUGUGUUCCAUUAUUUCUAUGUCUUCAUAUAUAGCUGUUUGAUAAGAACCGAAACUUUUGAUGAUGCUUUCUUAAGAAAUAUUACAAACAGAUUGUAAAUAGAGAUACGAAAACAAUUAUGACUGUUAUAUUUUAUGAAAUGACAAAUCGUUAUUGAAAAUUUAUAAAUUAUUUUAUGUAAAUAUAAUGCUAGUAAAUGUUUGUAUCAGCAUAGAAUACACCUUUUGAACGCAAGUAUGAACAAUGUUCCUGAAAAAUGAACAGUUUUUGAUUUCAUAAAAAUAUUAACUAUUCAGUGUCUUAAUAAUUCGUGUCUAGGAUUUCCUCAAGUGGAGUUUCAAAAUAUCCCGCAAGUUAAUUUUCCAUUGCAACUAUCGUCAGUUAAAAACAAAAAUACUGAUGCAUUUUUAAAUGCAUCAGUACUUUCAGAUAUUAUUUAGGAAAUUUUCCCAAUUCGUAUACAAGUAAACAUAUUUAGUAAAUGAGAACAUACCAAAAAAUGUUAAUAAGGAAAUCUCGUGUCCAAAAAUUACAAUCAAAUUUUUGUUUUUUAUAUCUAAAUUCGAGUUAGUUUCAUAAAAAAUAUAUAAAUACUAUGCGUUAUAAGUAAAAAGGGAAAAUCACUAAGUUUCGAAAUUAAAGCAUAUGCAAAUUUUGUUGAUAGAUGAUGAAUUAUUUUCUUUUGUAAAAAGUUUAAAAGAAAAGGGAUAUAAUGCAUAAACUCGCGGAAAACCCAUAACUGAAAUGCAAAAUUUCAUUCUGCAUUUUAUCCUAACAUUUCGCAUACAUGCUUCGUGCCAUAAAAACUAAAUUCUAUUUAAAUGUUUAUUUUAAAAUAGCAUGAAUUUCCAAGCAAUAAUCCAAAACUUCAAUUAGCGUUUAUAAUGUCUUAAUUCAUCCAUAUGUUAAAACAUUUAGAUUUAUUAUUUCCUAAGUAAUUAUAGUUCAGAUAAUAUAAUGCAAUGUCCUAAUUUCUACAUUGAUGAUCAAAACUUCUGAAUUUCUUCCUCAGCUUUGGUUACUUAAAUUUCAAUCCUGUUGAAGUUUCUUAAAGAUUCUGAUGCAGUAUUAGAAAUACGAUAUUUUGAUAUUCUAUAAAUCUUUUGGAUAGAUUUUUUAGUUUCUUAAGAAACCUAUAGAGACUUUCUUCCAAAUGUUUCAUGCGUUUUGUUGAAAUAUGUUUAAUACAUUAAUUUUAAAGUAUUUGCACUUUCUAACGAAUUAAAAAUAUUAAGAAAAUCUGAAGUAUUUAAUAAUUUUCAAGAUAAUUUACUUCUCUUAUUGAAGUAAUUACUUAUACGUCUUAUCAAAAAUGCCAUAAUAUAUCUUAUCAAAAUAGCCAGAGUGGGUAUAAUAGAAAGUUCUUAAUAACACCUUCUAAUUAUAGCACCUCCGAAAAGAAACCUAAUGCAAAAACUUAUAUAUACAUAUAUACCUAAUAUAGCUGCUGUAAUCUUUUAUUGCUACAUUCACCUCAUUCCAUCACAUUACAGCAUGUUAUUCCUCCUUAAAAGUAUUAUUAUUAUUAUUUAAGAAAUUCACUCCAUCUAACAGGUAAAACUAAAAUUUCAAAUAUAAUAUAUUAUAAAGAGAUUCUAUAAAUGUAUUUUUAAAAUUCAAGAUUUACGGUAUUUAAUUAAGUAUUUAUUACUUUAUAUUGAUAUAUAAAUCAUUAUAAAUUUAUUAACUAGAAAUAGUAAAUGUUUCUAUUGAUUUUGCUGCAUUUACAUAAUGCCUAAUUUUAAUAUUUUCAAAUUACUUUUGGUCACAUAAUUUUAAGAAUUUCCUAUCAGCUGAAAUUCCCUGAACUAAAAAUAAUAAUUCCUGAUAUAGAAGGAACUAGCCACAGAAAUAUUGCUUAUAAUGAAAAUAACUGUAAUAAAAUAUAUAAUAGAAUAAUGAUUAUUAAUUGACUAUAAUUUCUUAUAAUAAACUAAUAUUAAAUAUGUAUAAAAUAUGAUUAUUUUAGUUUAUUUAUAAACUCUUAUUAAGAAUAUAUAAUAAUUGGUCUUAAAGAUAUUAAUCAACACAAUACUACCAAUUUCAUUUUGUUUGUAAAUAUCAGUUUUUAUUGCAGAACAUAAAUUCCUAAAUUAGAGAUAUGGCGAUCAAAAACUGUGCAUUUUUCCCCACGAAGAGUCGUUGAUAGUCAUUUCAUAACCACGAGUUGCCUUUUAUUAUGUGUGGCAUUUAACAGCACAAUCAUUAAUAUGAUCAAACGAUGUAACUGGAGGAUGUCUUUACUGCGAUGACUGUGAUAGCCCUGCAUUGCUCUGUUAUAGAGAAUAAAGUUUACCAAUAUUA